UCUGCCUUCCACAUAAGCAGGUUUCCCAUAUGCGUCGCUUCAGACUCCGCCAGGUGAUCGAUGGAUCUCCAUCUCUUCAACUGAACAUCACUGGAAGUCUAAAGUGAGGUGGGCCAUGGGUCCGGCGUGGGAACAUCGACGACGAUCGUAACUGAAGUGUUCGGCGGAGCCAGGGCACGAUGAGCGCAGGGUACAAAGACUGACAAGUGAUCUACCUGGUGCUUGAAAAAAGUACUGAAGAAAAAGGUUUGUAAGACUCGAAUACUAUUAUACGCUCCAUUGUGUGGUAUUGCAUUCAGCCAGAUAACAUAGUUGACGGGGACCAUAGCCCGCAUUGCCUUGACGUUUUCUUUUACCGUAGCAGGUAUUCGAUCAACCACCCGUCAACACGUGCCAUCACAGCGAGGGCUCCCAGGGAGGUCACCUUCUUGCACACGGUUGUAACGCGCAAUAAGAGACGAUGACGACCGUUACGACAAAUAAAUCAGAGCUGGAGCUUCACAAACUCCUUGAACGAGCAGUCCUUCUCUCCUACUACGACAAAUUCAUCGAGAUAGGCGGGGACAAUGUGCAGCAGCUUCGUGACUCCAGUGAUCAAGAUAUCGAGGAGUUGAUCAACAUGGUAGAUAUGGCCAGAAAGCCACCCCAUGUCAAGAGGUUCAAGAAAGCACUGGCAGAUUGGAAACCAGACACAGUUGCAGCAACGUCCACUCCAGCGGAUGAAGCAGAAGGGGAGCUUCACAACCUACUUGGAGGAGCGGAUCUUCUCUCCUACCACGACAAGUUCAUGGAGAUAGGCGGGGACAAUGUUCAGCAGCUUUGUGACGCCAUGGGGGACGAUUUCCAGGAAGUGAUUCACCUCGUUGAUAUGGCCAGAAAGCCAUUUCACGUCAAGAGACUGAAGAAAGCACUGGGCCAGUGGACAGGACAGUCAGUCACGGUGACGUCCAGUGCGGCCGACGAAUCAGAAGAGGAACUUCACGAAUUACUUCGACUAGCGGAUCUUCUCUCCUACCACGACGAGUUCAUCGAACUAGGCGCAGACAAUGUGCAGCGGCUUUGUGACUCAAGCGACGAAGAGUUCCAGACACUCGCCGAGCACGUAGGCAUGGCCAGAAAGCCCCUUCACGUGAAAAGAUUGAAGAACGCACUCAAACAGUGGUCAGGCCAUUCAGCCGUAAUGACGUCCAUUCCUUCAAACGAGUCGGAGCGUGAAGUUCACGAACUGCUUCAGCGAGCGGAUCUCCUCACCUACUACGACAAGUUCAUCGAGACAGGCUUAGACAAUGUGCAGCAGCUUUCUGACUCGACGGAAGAAGAGUUCCAGGAGUUCAUGGAUCUUGUUGGCAUGGCCGAAUUCCCUUUUCACGUGAUGAGGUUGAAGGACGAACUGGAACAGUGCACAGGGCAUCCAGGAACUGAUCCGGUAGCUCAAUUUCAUCUCCACAUGGAAAGGUCGCAACAGUGGAAAGACGUCAGGAAGGAAAUGCACGAAGCUAUUGCGGCCAAAGAUGAGGCUCGUGUUCUAAAGUGCCUGGAUGCUGCGCCUGCAUUGAAACUGUGGUUGGAUCCUGACACAAAAAAGUCAGCUCUUUACAAAGCAGUCGAAGAGAAAGCUUUGCGUAUUCAUGGUCUCUUAGUCUCGCGCAAAUGCGCCCUCAAAGACGACGAGGUAUCAUCGUGUUACAAAGAUCUCACACCUGUUGAACGAGCUGAAAUUCGUCGGCAACAAUAUUACACCACCAAAUACGAGGACUCCUACAUCGACUAUCUGAAAAGCAAAUCCCGGAGCGCCAGCGGAUGUGAUGACUUCGGUGUACGAUUGGAGAAGACGUUUAAGCAGCUCUCCAGUGAUGAAGUAAACAAGAGUAUCCUGAAAGUUGUUGCAACAGCACCACACCUAGAUAUAGUGUUCGACUCUGUGGCUGAAAACGUUCAGAGGAUUACUGGAUCCGGCGGGUGUUCCACACACGGUCUGACCUAUCGUGAAGAAGAAAGGGUUUACGUCUGCGGCAGCACAGAGAAGCGAGAAGUUUGGGGAACUCUCAUUCAUGAGUUGUCCCACAUGGCACUGACCUUAGUUUACACAAAUGAGGGAAAGCCAUAUAACCGCGGCGAUGAGGAGAAGGAACGUCAUUACCAACAAAUUCUGAACGACGUUAAAGGAAGGAAAAAUAAUGUGCAUUUCCUUAUCCAGAAAGCCUUCGACCAGAAUGAGGAAGAAGAGCUAAUUGUACGGAUUCCUCACAUACUGACCGAAUGUGACGAAGGAAAUAGGAUUCUGGAGCUUCAAGCACCGAAACUACUACAGUUUUUCAAGGACACUGUCAUGCCAGACAUGCAGAGAUAUAUUCUGAAUGGAAUCCCGUCCAUAGAUUCAACGAAAAUCGAAAAUGAGAACAGAAGACUUCGAAAAGCUUUCCACAUUGGCCAAUUCAAAGUCAAUUUCGAGAAGCCGCUGGACCUGAGUGACCUGCAAAAUAUGCCUCUUCUCGUCCUUGCGGGUCCAGAACUGAGUCUCCUCGAAAUAAUGGUUCACAACACUGUGCAAUCCACGGGGCAGCCAUACUUGUUUUUCGAGCCAAACCAAAUGGACGAUACGCUAAAGCAUGUGUUAGUGAACUACAAAUGUCGAUUUGUGCUUGUAACGGUUCAUCCAAAGAAAAACGUCCAAGGUAUUAUUGAACUUCUGGGUGAAGUAUCCCGUGUGACUGGAACAAACGUCAUGUUGGUUGUGGAAGACAGUGGCGAAGAGUACUUGACGAAACAAGUUGCAAAAGACAAAUUCUUUGCCGGGAAACAUGAAGUUCGCAGUAUCGUUGAAGCAAACAUCGAGAAUGUCACGCGCGACUGCAAAGAAGAAUUGUUUAAAAAUUCUUCGUUAAGCCUUCAGGGCGAAUAUGUUUCAGAAUUUCCGAAUGUAAUGCAUACUGAUGCUUUCUUACGCUGCUUAGACACUUCGGUUUUCCUAAACCUGUGCCGAUGUAAGAAAAUUGACCUUGGACCUCGUCUUCAUCAACUUGAAGGUUCUGUCAAGAACUAUUACGUGGAGCGAGUGUUUACAAGGACUGUGCAAAUUGACCUGAAAGCGUGCAGACUGGACGAUGACAAGGAGGCUUUCGCACUUCUGAAGUGUCAGCAUGAUUACUUUGCAACACUUGUACCUGAUGGUUACGAGGCAAAACAUCAGGAAAACUUAAAGCAGUUUGAAAAAAUUGUGGUCCUUCAAGAGUUACGUGACUACAACGCUCUCCUAGACAAUGAUAAAUACAGAGACGAGGUAGUGCACCUGCUAAGGCUAAACGAAUUCGGUAAUGGACUGUUGUGGACUAAAUCAAAUGGCCCUCUCAGUCACCUUCCAAUGGCUGGGAGUGAAGAUUAUACGACAGAGACGUUGCUGAACGUGCCCGAGAAGGUCGUUGUCGUCUCUGGAGCACCUGGUAUGGGAAAGAGUGUGUUGGCAUCUCGGCUGUGUACACAGUUAAAAACUCAAGACGAGAAGCGGUGGGUGCUCUACGUCGACCUUCUUCAGAGAAUGGCAUCUGUUGAAACUGUGUCGCCUACUCUGGAAUAUCUAGCGAAUCUCUGCCAAGUACAGAAAGAUGGGCUGGAGUUCGUCUUGUUCGAAGAAAGCUUGAACAAUGGUAGCCCUUUCGAAGUCGUCGUCAUGUUGGAUGGUUUCGAUGAAGUUAAUGAGAAAUGUCGCAAGCAUGUGUUCGACCUUAUACAGUUUCUAGCUAACAAAAAAGUUUACAAGGUGUACCUUCUUACUCGCACUGUGUUUAAACCCCAUGUACAAGAUACCUUGCACACUGUGUCAUAUGACCUCAUUCCUUUUUCUAAUGAAAACCAGAAUGAAUUCCUCACAAGAUAUAGGGCCCAAAGAGAAACUCCAGCGACCAGCAAUGAGGCAUUUCUGCAAAAAUUCCAGCAACUGUACGGGACAUUGAAGAAGAAAAACAAGACAAUCCUAGAAACCCCUCUUCUACUUCGUAUGAUGGCUCAGAUAGAGAGCGGGGAAAUUACGAAGUCGGACGAUUACUCUUCGUUGCUCAAAAUUGUUGACAUUUCCGGUGGGAGCAGUAUAUACACUGUACACAUGUACAAGAUGUUUGUCGAGUACAAGCACCUUGUGCACCGAAAAGAGAAGGUGAAGGAAGACAUCUCCCGAAGUACUGUGCGAGGCGACAACCAUGACGCGAAGUCUCCAUUCUACGUAAGCCAUGGUCUCCUGGCUAUGAAGUGUAUAUUUCCUCAGGAUAUAUUGAAGAACUUAUUGAAUGAAGACGAAUUACAGCAGUUAGAUCCUGAAGGAAAUUUCAUCACCGGCGUGGAUUCUUUCAAAGAAGGUUUUGUGAAUAGAAUUAACGAUGGAGGAAUUCCCGAGUUUGUUCAUAAGACUUUCGCCGAAUUUUUUGCAGCUCACUAUCUGCUGGAGAAGGCAAAGAUAAGGAAAAAAUCGAGCUAUUCGGAAAAAGUAAUAGAACUGUAUGGUAAAGAAGAAUACGAGGGUGUAAUGGUGUUGUUCGACGGACUGGCGUCGGCUUCCUAUCCACUUCACUCUGCUGUGAUAAACAACGACGCUUCAUAUUUCGAGCAAUGUGAUAUUCAAACAGAAGACAUGCUGGUUGGCGAUGAGAUCAAAAGGACGCCAUGGCACGUAGCAGCCCUGCAUUCUGAUAAAGCAACAUUGAAGAGGCUUCCAAUGGAUGAUGAACUAAUCGAGAAUGAUUUAUUUAAUAUGUCACCGUUGGGGUACGUGAAACUCUUUUUCCUCCGGGACGAAGAAUGGAUGGAAGAUCUGUGGGAAGGGUCUACUAUGCAUUUUUUGUCGAGUAUGGGUAUGAAGAAAUAUCUGUGGUCUGACCUUUCAGCUCUGAGAGAGAGACUCAACGUGUUGUACACUCGAUGCAGUGAGGAAGCAGUGAAACAUUCUACCGAAAAUCUGCGCAGGUGUGAAACCUUCGAGCAAAAGAGACGUUUUCUAGAGCGAGCAAUAUUCACGGCUGUGAUACACGACCUACGAGGCGUUUUAGACGUGUAUCUGAGCUAUGUGUCCCCGAGAGAGAGUACAGUAGAUCUAGACAGAGACAUCAUGGACCAAAUAGAAUCACGCAAGGAACGAAGCUUGAGAUGUUCUGCAGAGCCUUCAGUAAUUGGAAACCUUGAUGACUUUGCAGACUCUGACUAUAAAACUGCCCCUUUUUACGCAAAGUCGGAGCUUGUUUGCAAAAUGCUCCUUCCUUACUGCGAUAUGGGAAUUCGUGACGAGGAUGGAGACACAAUGUUGCACAAUAGCGCGAAUGAGGGAAAUCUGGAGACAACACAGUUUUACCUCGCACGUAUAUCCAUUAACGAAAGAAAUACAUACUUUCAAACUCCUUUGCACUUGGCUAAAGAUGCAGAGAUGGUGAAGCUACUUCUUCCUCUUUAUCCCUCAGUGAAUGUUCUCGAUUGUAAGCAACAAACUCCGAUGGAUAUAUGUGCAAAGAGAGAUUAUUUGGAGGCCAUGAAGUUGUUACUCCUUCGCACUCGGAUAUAUGACUCACAUCACGUGAGACUGAACACAACGCUUCAUGUGGCUACUUACUAUCGUUCCCUUGAAGCUGUGACGUUUCUUCUACCCCACACAAACGCGCACAUGCUUAACUACGAAGGAGAAACGUGCUUAGACGUUGCUUGGACAAUUUGGAAAUAUCAUUCGAGUGUGGAGUCCAACACUGUGAGCUGUCUCAUCCCACACUCGAUCGUGAACUCACCUGAAAUGUUCGGCUCAUCACCGUUGUACGUCUGGGCGAAUGAUGGUGUAAGGAAAGUGAUGCAAACUCGAUGGCCUUAUUUGCGACACAGUGACCCUAGGCAUGCACAGAGGAUCAACAGAAGAUAUGUGGACGUGAACGAGGAUUUCCAAGAAGAAAUUUGGUGUCUGAAACUUCUCUUCCUCCAUUUAGAUGUCAUCACUGGUGAUCGUUAUGGCAGUAAACUGCUACAUGAUGUGGCUAGGGAGAAGCUACGUAAAAUACAAGUUAAUUAUAUUAAUUACAUGAAGAUGUUAGUGCCGCCUUUAAAUCUCACUGAGCAGGAGAAGCUACGUAAAAUAGAAGUUAAUUAUAUUAAUUACAUGAAGAUGUUACUGCCGCAUUUAAAUCUCACUGAGCAGGAUUAUGUAGAGUGUAGCGUAGGAAAUGACGACAUUGUUACCUUAUAUCGAAGAUGGUCGCACAUGAAUAACACCGAUGAUCUCCACAUUGACGAUGUCAACGCGGAAAUGAUCGACGACGAUGGCAAUAUCAAGUUGCUAAUAGAAGCAGAGGAAGGAAAUGUGGACGCUGUUAAGAUCCACCUCUCCGAUUCAUCCGUGUGCUUUACAGAUGAAGAAGAGAACACUGCAUUGCACUUGAGCGCGAGGAAGGGACACGCGAAUGUGGCGAAGCUUCUCAUUCCUCUUUAUACAUCAGUGGACGUGAUCAAUGUGUAUCGAGAAACGCCCAUGCAUGUGUGCGCCUCAUAUGGACACAUGGACGUUGUGAAGUUAUUAUUACUCCGCUCUAGAAUGAGUUCCCGUAACAUACUUGGAUGGACACCUCUUCACUUGGCCUGUUACAGUGGUGCCAUUGAUAUCGUGAACUUCCUUCUUCCACACUCAUUCCCUAAUAUGCGCGACGAGGAUGGAUAUACGUGCUGCGCUCUUUCCGCGAUAGAAGAGGAAAUGAAUGUUCUGAGAUAUAUCAUCCCACACUCUCUUAUGAACUGUCGUGAUAAACGCGACCAAUCACCAAUGCGAAUGUGUGCAGAAGAUCAUAUGAGAGAACGGUUGGUGACAUUAUUGCCAUAUUUUUGUGAUUAUGACGCAGCGAGUUUAUUGACUAAUCUCGAGCUGCCAUCUUGUGAGGACGAUAUGAGUAUCGAAGCUAAGCCUUGUCUGAAACUGAUGGUACUCCACUCAGAUGUCAAGGCAGUAGAUAAGCAUUUCUGUGCAACACUCAGCCACAUUCGAGAGUAUUAUGUAGAGAGUGAUCCAUUCUGGCGUCCAACAGAGACUGAGAUAUCACUACUCCUGAGCUAUAUUCCUCUCUUGCUUCCACAUACAAAUGUUUUUGCUAAGGACGAUGAAGGCAAGAAACUAUUACAAGGAGCCCUCCAACGUAGCGACGAUCCCGAAUUGGUUAGCUUCCUUCAGAAAUGGACUCGCUUGAGUGACUUCAUUCAUGAUGCUGACUUUUGUUUGCCACGGUUGUGGUUAAGCAUUAUACGGCCCUGAGCUGUCAAUGGACACGAGCUCCGAAGACGAUAUGGCAGUUUUAAUAGAGGUAUACUGCUCAGUAUAUUGAGUCCUUGCCUUCAUCCGAGAAAGCACAAAAAUUCAUCCAGUGUCAAAAAUGAAAGAAAACAAAUCACUCCUGUGAUUUUUUGUGAUUGUGAUUAUGACUAACGCAUUUUGUUUCUUAUUCCUUAUGUUACAAAGUACCAUUCCGUAGUAGGUUCAUAAGGUGAUUUGAAAAUGUGUAAAAAAUGUGUCUAUUCCUAAUGUGCUAGUAUUAUGGUUAGCUAUGAUAUGCCACAGUAUUAGAAUAUGGCUGCGUGCGAUUAUGUUUGGUGUCAAAUGUAUAUACCCAAAUGUCAAAUGUAAAUGAACAAAAGUGUUUUUCGCACAUUGGAAAAGGUUUAAUUCAAAUUAUUUUGGAACUCUCGCUCACUUCGCUGCAGAGUUGAAUAAAGUAAAUAUUGUCGAGCGAAACACAUGUGCGAUACAGUCGUACUUUUAUUACGACCUAAUAAAUGUAAGGGUUCCAAAUUGCUUUUCCAGUUAUCGUUACAGGUUACGGAACAUAUUACUUUGAAGUAAUCAAGGUUCGUGUAAAGGAACCUCGACUGACUCAAAUAUGCCUGUUACAAAUUAGAUUUGUGUACGUGUGAUUAAAUGAUUAUAUGCAGUUGUC